AUAUUUUGCAAAAAUAUUCGUAAAAUAUUGUGAUAUUUAAUUUAUAAAUAGACGUUGCAAAAUAUAAUAGUAUCCCAAUGAAAGUCGAAAUGGAAGACAUGGACGACAGCACAAUAUGUGAUUCUGUAUCCUCUCUCGUGGAGGGGUGCAGACUCCCUGUGCAUAUGACAGGAACUAAUGAUUGGCCUUUAGCUGAAAUCAUUAGUAUCAAAGAGGUCCAUGGAGCCAAAUGUUACUAUGUACAUUAUGUUGACUUCAAUAAACGUUUGGAUGAAUGGAGAACAGAAGAAUCACUUGAUACAAGAAAAGUUCACUUUCCUAGAAAAGAUGUUGCUGGAGGCAGUAAUACAGGUGUAACCACUCCAAAAAAAAUAGGGAUUGGAGGAGGUGGUGGUCUAGGAGCUAUCAGUUUAGGUGGUGGAGGUUUUUCUAGGCCUUCAAGUCCAAUAAACAAUUCUGAACUAUUGAAUGGCAAUGCUGUUUUGGCAGCAGCACUACAGAAACGUAUCAACAGAAAAAGGAAAGGACCUUCCUUAGAUAAUGAAGAUUCACAGGAUGCUCCUAUGGCAGUACCAGGCCCAAGGCAGUCAGGCAGCAUGGUUUCACAUCAUGAUGAUAUUGUAACCAGAAUGAAAAAUAUAGAAUUGAUAGAAUUAGGAAAGCACAGGAUAAAACCCUGGUACUUUGCUCCCUACCCACAAGAAAUGGUUAACCUGGAAUGUAUUUACAUAUGUGAAUUCUGCCUGAAAUACAGGAAAAGCAGGAAAUGCUUAGAAAGGCACUUAGCCAAAUGUAACCUCAGACAUCCUCCUGGGAAUGAAAUCUAUAGAAAAGAACAUGUUUCUUUUUUUGAGAUAGAUGGCAGGAAAAACAAAGUAUAUGCUCAAAAUUUAUGUCUGCUAGCAAAACUUUUUCUUGACCACAAAACACUGUAUUAUGACACUGAUCCAUUUCUAUUCUAUGUUAUGACUGUGUUUGAUAAUAGGGGGUUUCAUAUAGUAGGAUUUUUUUCUAAAGAGAAGGAAUCCACAGAAGAUUAUAAUGUUGCAUGUAUUUUAACUAUGCCACCUUACCAAAGGAAGGGAUAUGGAAAACUUCUGAUAGAAUUUAGUUAUGAGUUAUCUAAAUUUGAGGGUAAAACUGGAUCACCAGAAAAACCAUUAUCUGAUCUAGGGCUUCUGUCAUACAGGAGUUAUUGGGCUCAAACCAUUUUGGAAAUAUUACUUUCCAUGAAACCAGUUGGAGAAAAUGAAAAACCACAGAUAACAAUCAAUGAAAUUUGUGAACUUACAAGCAUAAAAAAGGAAGAUGUAAUUUCAACCUUACAAAACCUAAACCUAAUCAAUUACUACAAAGGGCAGUACAUUGUAACACUUACUAAAGAAACUACAGUAGGUCAUCACAGAGCUAUGGAAAGCAGAAAAAUCAGGAUAGACCCAAAAUGUUUGCACUGGACCCCAAAAGAUUGGGGAAAGAGAGCAAAGUGCCUUGUUCCUGUCCUUCCAAAUAUCCUAAAUUUCCAGAACUGAUAACAUAAACUAAUCAAUGCAAUGAAUGUGAUGUAUUUUAAUUUGUAAGUGAAAUAAAUGCAUUUUUGACUAGUUGGUCUUUCAAGUUGAAUUAUCUGGAACCAUAUAUGUAAUAGAAAUAUGAGACCCCAGACAUCAAGGUAGCCUGGAAUAGGUAUUAAAAUAGUUCAAAGUUAAGUUCUAAUCUGCAUCUUCUUCACUGAUCUGUAUUCCUGAAAGAUCAUCACUAUUCUCCUCAGUGUGCUCUUGCUUAUCAUUUAUUAUUCCCCCUGAAAACAGCUUACUUUCCCAAGCCAAUAAAGUUUUAGUGUUAGGUGCCGGAAGUUUGAAACGAAUUUGGAAGUUCCUCUUGAUAGUAUCUAGGGUUUGCAAGUUGAUAUCUCUUUCAUGCAUCCAAACAGCUGCAACAAUUUUCAUUUCAUUACUGUAAUGAGUGGGGCCAGAAAAUUGGCUUUCAUGGAGUUUGCUUCUGUCCGUUUCUCUGUCCAUAGCUUCCUGCUUUAUCAGAUCAUUCUUAUUUCUAAAAUCUCACUUCUUUCUCAAUGAACUGUAUAUAGAUUUUGUGGUCAUUGUUCUUUCUU